UGGUCAGUCAUAUGACUGUGUUAGUCGUGCAUGAUGGCGGAGUGCAGGCUGCUGUGGGAGCUCGCGCUGCUGAUUGCAGUAACAGCAAGUGCGGCUCGCGCCUUACCUUUACACACUGCCCAGCGCGCGGGAGACCAGUGCGGCUACAAGUCAUGUCCAGCCACGAAGCCGUCCAUGCUGAACGUCCAUCUGGUCCCUCACACGCACGACGACGUCGGCUGGCUGAAGACGGUGGACCAGUACUUCUACGGAGGCCGUAAUUAUAUCCAGCACGCGGGGGUGCAGUACAUCCUGGACUCGGUGGUGGCGGAGCUGCAGAAGGAUCCGGCUCGCAGGUUCAUCUACGUGGAGACGGCGUUCUUCUACCGCUGGUGGAGUCAGCAGAGCCAGAGCACUCGGAACAUCGUCACACAGCUCGUACAGGAGGGUCGUUUAGAGUUCGUUAAUGGCGGAUGGUGUAUGAGUGAUGAAGCUUCCACUCAUUACAGCUCCGUUAUUGAUCAGAUGACUCUUGGCCUGCGUUUCCUAAACGAUACGUUCGGUGAAUGUGGACGACCGAGGGUCGCCUGGCACAUCGACCCGUUUGGACACGCCCGCGAACACGCCUCCAUCUUCGCCCAGAUGGGUUAUGACGGGUUCUUCUUCGGCCGGCUGGACUAUCAGGAUAAGGAGCGCCGGAUGAAGACCAAAGAGAUGGAGAUGGUGUGGAGAGCAAGCGCCAGUCUAAACCCCCCGGCAGCUGACCUCUUCACCGGCGUUCUGCCGAAUGGCUAUAACCCUCCUUCGGGGUUCUGUUGGGAUCAGUCCUGCUCUGAUGAUCCAGUCCAGGACGACCCAGCGCUGGAGGACUAUAACGUGGACGAGCUGGUUGGCAAGUUCAUCAGCAUUUCAAAGGCUCAGGCUACGCUCUAUAAGACCAACCACAUCAUCAUGACGAUGGGGUCAGACUUCCAGUAUGAGAACGCCAAUCCAUGGUACAAAAACAUGGAUAAGCUAAUCCACUACGUUAACGCUCGGCAGGCUAACGGCAGCCAGGUGAACGUCCUCUACUCCACACCUUCCUGUUACCUGCAGGAGCUCAACCUGGCCAAUCAGACCUGGCCAUUAAAAUCAGAUGAUUUCUUCCCGUACGCUGACGGUUCUCACGAUUUCUGGACCGGUUACUUCACCAGCCGCCCGGCGCUGAAACGUUACGAGAGACUGAGUAACAGCUUACUGCAGACCUGCAACCAGCUGGAGGUUCUGGGGGGACCCAAGUCCAGGACCGGCCCUUUCGGGAAAGGAGACAGUGACACCAUGAAGCGAGCCAUGGCUGUAGCUCAGCACCACGAUGCAGUUUCUGGAACCGAGAAGCAGCACGUCGCCGAUGACUACGCCAAGAGACUGGCGGACGGCUGGGCUCACUGUCAGGUGUUGGUCAGUAACUCUCUGUCCGUUCUCAGUGGGUCUGAGGUUCCGAGGGUUUUCUGUGAGAAUCUGAACAUCAGCGUGUGUCCACUCACCGAGGGCAGUAAGAUGUUCUCUAUGAAUGUGUAUAAUCCUCUUGCUCGUCCGGUAAAUUGGUCGGUCCACCUGCCCGUCAACGGCACUUCAUACAACGUCACGGACUCAAGUGGGAACGUGGUGGACAGUCAGGUUCUCCCUGUCUCUAAGCCCACUCAGUAUGUGCGAAGGGGGCGGGGUUAUGCUAAGUAUGAGCUGGUGUUCCAGGUUCAGGCUCUGCCCCUCGGGUUCAGUACGUACUCCAUCACUCUGCUGAAAGCUGCUGGAGCUCCCGCUGAACCUGAGCGCCGCGCUCCCGUCUCCAUGGAGAACAAGUACCUGAAGGUGACCUUUGACCCUAAUACUGGCCUCCUGAGUGGACUGACCAACCUGGAAACUCAGCAGAGCAUCCAGCUCACGCAGAACUUCUACUGGUACAACGCCAGUGUUGGAAACGCCGAGAGCAGCCAGACGUCAGGGGCGUACAUCUUCAGACCGAACUCCUCCACCCCGAUAACCAUCAGCAAGAAGCCUGAUAUUUCCACCCUGCAGAACUCGGUGGUCCAGGAGGUGAGGCAGCAGUUCAGCCCGUGGGUCUCUCAGGUGGUCCGUCUGUAUGAAAGCAGCAGAGAGCUGGAGCUGGAGUGGACGGUCGGCCCCAUACCUGUGGAUGAUGGUUUCGGGAAGGAGGUAAUCACUCGGUUCGACAGCAACAUCAGCUCAGCUGGAUACUUCUACUCCGACUCCAACGGCCGAGAAGUUCUGGAGAGACGGAAAGACUAUCGGCCCACGUGGGAUCUGAUACAGACAGAGCCGAUCGCGGGGAAUUAUUACCCAAUCAACUCUCGCGCUUUCAUCAAGGACGAUAAGGCUCAGCUGACGGUGGUGACCGAACGCUCUCAGGGCGUCAGCAGCAUCUACAACGGCUCCCUGGAGAUCAUGCUGCACAGGCGUUUGCUGAAGGAUGAUUAUCGGGGGGUGGGCGAGCCCCUCUCUGAGCCCGGUGUGUUCGGCGAUGGGCUGGUGGUCCGCGGACGGCUCCUGCUGACCCUCACUCCCCCCAAAACGGCCGCAGAUUCGCACCGCCCACUCGCUCAGGGGCUGGUCCUGCAGCCGCUACUGUCCUUCCAGGAGGGGGCGCCGAAACCCACCACCAAACUGGAGUUCUCGGCGCUGCAGGCUGCGCUGCCCCCUGCUGUUCACCUGCUGACUCUCUCUCAGUGGGACUCGGACUUGGUGCUGCUAAGACUGGAACAUCAGUACGAGAGCGGAGAGAGUAAAGCCUUCUCACAGCCCGUUACUCUGAGCCUGCAGAAGCUGUUCUCCACUCUGGAGGUGUUGGGGGCAUCAGAGAUGAGUCUGGGAGCCAAUCAGUGGAAGGAGAAUAUGACCCGCCUACAGUGGAACCCCAGCGAUGGUGAGAGUGUGAAGCCCCUGUGGGCGGGGCUGGGAGACCCCUCCCCCUGGGAGAUCACUCUAAACCCGAUGGAGAUCCGUACGUUCCUGCUGAGAGUGCGUCAGAAAUAGCCAAUCACAGCCUGGGACCGCUGCAGCAGCCAAUGAGUGCGCAGUGCCAUUUCAGCUGAGCAGUGAUGGAUCAGCAGUGACUAAAGGGACCAAACACAGUGCAGUAACUAUAAUACAGAAACUGUACAGCACAGCUAUGAAACGAGCUCUGUUUACAUUCACAGUGGAGUCUGAUUGAAUCAUAAUUGGCUAUAAUUACUGAUUGAUAAUGAAGCGUCUGCUCUGAUUUUCUGUGACUCUCCUCUGAGUCGUCAUUCUGUAGUUGCCGUUAGUGUCAUUAGUUUCAGGACAAGUUCUGGGUCUGAUCUGUUUGUCUCUGUUGGAAAAUCGUUUUGUCGCCAUUUUUCCAUCAAUAUGAUUUGAAUUAUGACAUCAUUAAAUAGUCGAUACCGUAAUUAUUGCUACAUACAUGCACUCCGCGUGAUUUAGAAGAGGAUUAAUGUAAACAUAGUGUUGAUUUUAUAGUCUUGGAUUCAACAUACAUUAAAGGAACCUAUCAUAAAACUUUUUUUUUUUUUAAUAAAUAAGUUUGAUGACCCAGUACUGUCCAUAUGUGGACACUAAACUGCAAAACCAGCUCAAUUUAAAUUCACUGUUUUUUGUAAUUCACAAAAAACCUGUACCCUGUUCACCCUACAGAAUUUAAAGGGGAAUUCCACAUACGUUUUCCAAAAUUUUGAGCACUGUUUCAUAUAAAUGGUUCAUUGUACAGAAACUUGCACUCAGAUUUCUUUACAGUGGUGGUGAUAGGAACCAGGGGUCGCCAUGACUACAACACAAAUAUAGACAUUUUAUUUACUAUCCAGAAC